AUGGCAAACCGUCCACACGUUCCAAAAUUCGGGGACUGGAACAACCAAGAUCAACCAUUCACGGUCGUCUUCGACAACGCGAGGACCAACAAACGACAAGACCUGUACGAAUCCGUAGAGAAUUCGGACAUCAAACCUCAAGCAAAAGCUCCUCUUCCUCCUCAGCCCGCUGCUCCUAGAAAUCCUAGACCGGAACCACCAAGACCGGUCAGGGAUGACACCCCAAGAGCGCCUCCUCCAGCCGAAAAAAUCAACAGAGUCAGAGCUCCUCCGGCUGAACAACUCUACGGAGGCAAAGGCGGUGGCGGAGGUAGAGGUGGCGUAGGCGGACUAUACGGAGGUUAUGGAGGUGGAGGCGGAUCAGGAAACAAGCAGCAGCCGCAAGCUCCUCGUCCCGUGCAGCCUAAACCCAAUCCUAGAGGCGGCGGAAGGGGAGGGACGACGAUUCCGCCAUUCCCGGGAUCAGUGGGAGCCGGAGAGAACAUGAGCUACACACACAUUUUCGACCAAGUCAAAGAAGAGAGGAGAGAAGCCGGCAGACCCUACGGUGGAUCUUCCAGUACCGGCAACACCCCUUCUCGUCCCAUCAACAAUCAUUCGCCGGCACCUACCUCCUCCAAGGUCUGCUGCUUUCCAUGGGGCCGAAGGGGAAGUAAGUAUUGA